GCGGAUAUAGUGAAUGCAGGGUCCUGGGAGACCGGAUAUAGUGAAUGCAGGGUUCGGGGAGACCAGAUAUAGUGAAUGCAGGGUCCGGGGAGACCAGAUAUAGUAAAUGCAGGGUCUUGGGAGAGCAGAUAUAGUGAAUGCAGGGUCCUGGGAGACCAGAUAUAGUGAAUGCAGGGUCCGGGGAGACCAGAUAUAGUGAAUGCAGGGUCCUGGGAGACCAGUUAUAGUGAAUGCAGGGUCUGGGGAGAGCAGAUAUAGUGAAUGCAGGGUCCGGGGAGACCGAUAUAGUGAAUGCAGGGGUCCGGGGAGACCAGAUAUAGUGAAUGCAGGGUCCGGGGAG